UAAAGCGAUAGUUGCAUGUCUAUGCUGGCGAGUGAGCGUUGAGGUGAAGACUGGAAAGGGGAAAGGAGUCCUGAAAAACACUUAGCCGAACCCCGCAAUAUGCCACCUCUGUCAUAUUCAUAUGCACAUGAAUGUCAGCUUCGGAUCCUCAGUAAGAAUGCAGUUCAUCCACUUACCAAGACCCUGUUCGCAAAAUGACCAAGAUCACUACUGAAAACGGUUCCCAAAAUAUGGGCGUGCCCAAAGAGAUGAAAGCACUACAAUACUCAGGCCCCGAAAAGUUCGCUGUUGUAACUAUCAGCGUUCCGGAAAUUGGCGACGAUGAUGUGCUUGUCAAGAUAUCCGCUUGUGGAGUUUGUGGAACGGACCUCCAUUAUCACAAGGGGGAAUUUCUGGCAAAGUGGCCGCUGAUUCCUGGUCAUGAAGCAGCCGGCACCAUCGCCGCCGUAGGGAAGAACGUCAUGAACCUGACGAUUGGUGAACGGGUUGCAGCAGACCCCAUGCAGCCGUGUCUGAAUUGUUUUCACUGCAACAAGCGAAAACCACUACUCUGCGAAAGCAUGACUGCAUUUGGAGGCAAUGUUCCAGGCGGCUUUGCAGAGUACUGCAGAUACCCUGCCAGACAAGUACAUCCGAUUGGUGACUUGCCAGAUCUUGAGGCAGUUCUUGUUGAGCCUGCUGCUUGCGCCGCUCAUGGUAUAGAAAGGAUGCAGAUUGACGUCGGCAGCAGAGUCCUUCUGUUUGGCUGUGGGCCAACCGGUAUCUUGCUGGCUCAAUUGAUUCGUAUGAACGGCGCUGCUCAUUUGACUAUCGCGUCUCAAGACGGACCUAAGCUCGAUCUGGCCAAACAGUUAAAUGUUGCAGAUUCCUUUGUGACCAUUUCGAACAAGCAUGACCAAGCACACAGUGAGAUGGAGGCUCUCGAAGCCUCCAACCCAUACGGCUUCGACAUUGUUGUUGAAGCCACGGGUGCUCCGACUGUUCUGGAGCAAGCAAUCCAGUAUGUUCGCAAAGGCGGUAAGUUAGUUGUCUACGGUGUAUACGACAAGCAUGUCAAGAUCGCUUGGUCACCGUUCCGGAUUUGGGAGUACGAAAUCACAGUCUUAGCAAGUUUCUGCAGUAUGCAGCAUAUGCCGGCUGUGCUAGAGUAUGUGAAUGCCGGCAAGUUGAAGUUGGGCGGGAUCGCAAACAAGACAUACAGGAUUGAUCAGUGGGAAGAGUGCUUGGAGGCAGUAAGAAAACAGGAGGUUGUGAAAGCAGCAAUUGUGUUCGAGUAA